UGUCCUUUCUGUUUCACAACACGACAGGAAGCGCACGAGCUUCAUGGGGUAGCGUUGCCAGCCCACUGAGGUAAACUGUGCCACCAUGGUGUCGCUGUCGUGGCUGCAUUGUCUGAGCAGCGCUGCACUGUCACGAGGCGACAUUGUUGCUCUGCUCGUGUUCCUGCUCGUGGUUUGUUUACUUUAUGUUCGUCAGAAGCGGCGGCGGCACCUCGCAAACAUCCCGCCGGGACCGCCGCCGUGGCCGCUAGUCGGGAACUUCGGCUUCUUCCUCGUGCCCUCUUUUAUCCGGAGGAGGUUUGGACAGAAAUCUGAAAAAAACGCGAUGAUUGAUUUCACGGAAAAAGCCGAAGUUUACGGAAACAUAUUCAGUAUUUUUGUAGGGAGCCAGUUGACGGUGGUGCUGAACGGAUAUGAGGUGGUCAAGGAUGCGCUGUCGAACCACCCCGAGGUGUUCUCCGACAGACCGGAUAUCCCCGCCGUCACCAUCAUGACCAAACGCAAAGGAAUAGUCUUUGCACCUUACGGGCCAGUGUGGAGGAAGCAGCGUAAGUUUUGCCACACCACACUCCGAAACUUUGGCCUGGGCAAACUGAGCUUGGAGCCUUGCAUCCAGCUCGGCCUGGCCACCGUCAAGACGGAGCUGCUGCAGCUGAGUGAGAAGUCUGGUGCCACCGGCGUGAACCUGGCCCCGCUGGUUCGCAACGCCGUGUCGAACGUCAUCUGCUCACUGAUCCUGGGACAGCGUUUCCACCACGAAGACCACGAGUUCCGCAACAUGCUGGGCCUGAUGGAUCGUGGGCUGGAGAUCUGCGUGAACAGCCCUGCGGUCCUCAUCAACAUCUUCCCCUUGCUGUACUAUUUGCCUUUUGGGGUAUUCAAGGAGUUGCGUCAGGUGGAAGGAGACAUCACAGCGUUUCUGAAGAGGAUUAUUGGCAAGCAUCGGGAAACAUUAGACCCGGACCACCCGAGGGAUCUUGUGGACAUGUACUUGAUGGAGAUGGUGGCCCAGCAAGCUGCUGGAGAGGAGAACAGCAGCUUCACAGAAGACUAUCUCUUUUAUAUCAUCGGAGAUCUCUUCAUCGCCGGCACUGACACCACCGCAAACUCAGUUUUGUGGAUUCUGCUCUACAUGGUCCUGUACCCUGAUAUCCAAGACAAGGUCCAGAGAGAGAUCGAUGAAGUGGUGGGCACACAGCGCAUCCUGUCUUUGACGGACAAGGGAAGUUUGCCUUUUACUGAAGCCACCAUCAUGGAGGUGCAGAGACUCACUGUUGCGGUCCCUCUGGCUAUUCCUCACAUGGCCUCCGAGACAACAGAGUUCAGAGGCUACACUAUUCCCAAAGGAACGGUGAUCGUGCCCAACCUGUGGUCUGUCCAUAGAGAUCCCACAGUGUGGGACGAGCCCGACAGUUUCAACCCAGCACGCUUCUUAGACGAGGAGGGAAAGUUGAUCAGGAAAGAGUGCUUCAUACCAUUCGGGAUUGGCCGCAGGGUGUGCAUGGGUGAACAGCUGGCGAAGAUGGAGCUGUUCCUGACGGUUACCAGUUUACUGCAGACCUUCAAAUUCCGCCUGCCAGAGGGAACGCCUCCUCCUACGCUGACCGGACGAUUCGGCCUGACGCUGGCUCCCUGCCCAUACAGUGUGUGUGUGAGCCCUCGUAGAUGAAACACUGGAAUAUUUGGUUCUCUCCAAAUCAAAGACCGUGACCCAACUACAAGACAAUAUAAUCUGUGUUGUAUUGAAAAGGAUAAGAAAAAAGUACGUUUUUUAUUUUAUUUGAAUGUAUGUAUCAUUUUGCUUCUGCAAUUAUGGCUGCAUAGCAUCUGUUCAUCUUUACAAUUCUAUGAUCCAAAGCAGCUUCUAAUUAUCUCCUUUAAGAUGCUGGAACCAGGAAAUGUUUAAUAUAUGUACUUAUUUAUAUAUAUAUAUAUUAGGGCUGUGAAACGAUUACAAAUUGUAAUCAAAUUAAUCACAGGUUUCUAUGGAUUAAUCAUGAUUAAUCACAUAUUACCGAUAUUCUCGGCAUAUUUUUGUGAGAACAUAAAGAUUUAUGACAAAAGACGGAUAUAUAUAUUUAUACAUAGGGGUGCACAUAACUUGCUCACCAGUAACUAAUUAAUCCUGUAAUUUAAUCAUAACGCGUUAUUUUUCACAGCACUAAUAUAUAUAUAUAUAUAUAUAUACUUGAUAAUCAAGCAAGAAUUAAGGUACGUUUUAUGAUUCAUAAAGAGAUGCACUGAGAGAUUAGCAGGGGCGUCGUUAGGCCUAUUUUAGGGGCGCUUCAGUCAAUCUAAUACCUUAUCAUCAUACUUAGCAAUAGAAUCCCCGGGCACUAGGACCUUGGGGAGGCUGCUGCGCUGACUUUCUCACUCUGCCAAGUAACGUCUCUCGUCAAAGAGAGCCAGGAGUUAAGCUCAAAGUAAAUGAUAAACGGAGUGAAUUUGUAAGUCCAGGUAGUUACAGAAUGUGUCGGUAGGUGUUACCUGCCUGCAUUUUGAUUUAGUUGAGGCAAAUGGAAGGGAAGAAGUUAGAAACUGUCUCCAUUAACCCUCCUGUCGCCUUCGGGUCAAUUUGACCCGAUUCAAUGUUUAAUGUCGGUGUUCUUUCGGGAGUCAACAAACAAACAUAAAGUACCUCACACUUAUCUUGUAUUGCACUUUACAUGUCACUGCUGCUAUAUUGUACUGCCAUGUGGUAAAUACUCAUGUAUGCUGCUCUUGCUCUUUUUGCAUAUCAUGUAUUUAAUAUUUUUACAAAUGUCAUGUUAUUAUAUAUUGUACGUCAGGGACUACGGAUGGAAAUUAGCUCAAAACUAUAAUCUGGCAUAUUUACACUGAAAACAUAACCUGUCUAAAGUGUUCAUUAAUGUGCAUUGUCCCUCUUCAAAUAAAACGAUUAACAUAACAUAACACUUAAACUUGGAAAACAAUAUUAAUUCUAAUAAUUUUCUGGAGAUUUUAAUAGCUGGGGUCAUAUUGACCUCAAGGGUAAAAUAUGUUUGUAAAUAUAAAGGUAACAGGAGGGUUAAACAUUGAAUCGGGUCAUAUUGACCCGAAGGCGACAGGAGGGUGAAACAUUGAAUCGGGUCAAAUUGACCCGAAGGCAACACAAGGGUUAAGCGAGAGUGUGAACAAGCAAAUUCAAAAUACAAGAAAUAACUAUCGACAUCUCUCUAUUCUUUGCACUAAUAUAUAUUAUUAUAAUAUUUUUUUCAAAUGAAACGUUUAUUUGACACUGAACUAGUUCAUCUUUAUUUUAGUGAUAGUGUCCAAAUGAGCAUAAAAUAUCACUGUGACCCUAAAAUUCUGUCUCUAACAAUGGAUAUCCGGGGCCCCAAAAGAAAAUUGUGGCAAGCUGCGCGCGCAAACAUUUCCGGGCAAACUGCUCCCCUUGGGGCUUAACCCCCUUUCUUUCAAUCCUACAAACGCUUCUGGAGAUUGGCACACAUGUUUAUAAGAUGUUUUUAUUAAAUUAUAUAUCACUUGCUCACUUAUUUCUCAAUGGAUUUUUUGCAAUGUGUCAAUAAAGAGUUUAUUAAUAAAUA